AUGGAAGCCACUUCAAGUAAGCACCUGAAGGUGGCAGCCCUUGGAAGACCCUUCCAGCUGGGGAUGCUGUAUGAUGGGCGUAAUGAUUGUCUCAUUCCAGGAAUUACAUUGUGGGAUCAUAAUGACCUUCAAAAAGACACAGAUGAAACAAUUCAGCACAACACAGAAUUUGAUGUCAUUGCAUCUGAUUCUGUAAAGGAUAAGGCAUGGGCUCUAAAUGUUGAUGCUUCGCUAAAAGCGAGUUUCUUAGGGGGACUGGUUGAAGUAGGUGGAUCUGCCAAAUAUCUUAAGGACACAAAGGCUUCGAAAAAACAGUCACGUGUCACCCUGAAGUAUAAAAGAACUACGAAGUUCAGACAGCUGUCUAUGAGUCACCUUGGACGAGGAAAUGUUAAACACCCAUAUGUGUUUGAGAAGGGAAUAGCGACACACGUGGUAACAGCAGUGCUGUACGGUGCUCAGGCAUUUUUUGUUUUUGAUCGAGAAGUGUCAGAAACUGAGGACCAAAAAAACAUUGAGGGUAACCUGCAAGUGAUGAUAAAGAAAAUACCAUGCUUGUCAAUUGAAGGGGAGGCUUCCUUAAAACUGACAGACUCUGACAAAGCUACCAUUGAUAAGUUGUCUUGUAAAUUCUAUGGGGACUUUGCCCUGAAACAAAACCCUGUUUCCUUCCAGGAUGCUGUAAACGUAUACACAACACUUCCAGGUCUGCUGGGUGAAAAGGGGGAAAACACUGUGCCAGUCAGGGUGUGGUUACUCCCCCUGGAAAUCUUAGAUUCUUCUGCUGCCAGAAUAGUGCGUCAAAUCAGUGUCAGAUUAAUAAGUGAAACACAGAGUGUGAUAGAUGACUUUAAUGAAAUAGAAAUGCAAUGCAAUGAUAUUACAACCAGAAAGCUUAUUUCAUACUUUCCUGAAUUUGAUCGAAAGAUAAAAUCCUUCAAGGAUAUGUGCUUAGAAUACAAAUCAGUGUUUCAGAGAUCUUUGUCAAGCAUUCUACCAUUAAUUCGUGGAGGUGGAACAGAGGAAUGUGUGCUUGCAAACAUCCUAACAAAGAAGGAACAGUCUCCUUUCAACAGUAAUAAACUUAAGGAAUGGCUGGACUGCAAAGAGCAAGAAAUCAACCUGCUCCAAGUGUACACUGAUACGAUGGAAGACAUGAAAAUUGUGGCAUCAAAUAGUGAGCUUCAAAGUGAAAUCUUCAAAAAUAGAGAUAAGAAUGUAGUGUGCUUUGCUUUAACAUCACUGGGUGAGGAGGAGCCGUAUCUGUCCUGCUUGGCAAACCACUUAAAGUCUCUUUCAGCUUCAAAGUUAAGAGAACCAACAGAGGAAGAUGGGAAGGAUGUUGAGCCGUAUGGACAGAAGCCCCCAAUUCUUGAGGCCAUCAACAUGUCUGGUGUACCAUGUCCCAGAACUGAAAAAGGGAUUCCUGUUCACUUCAAAUUCAACAAUUCAGCACUGUUUGCAGACAAUUCUAAUUCAGUCAAUAAGAAAAAUAGUGAUGAUGAAAAUGAGGAAGAUGGUGAUGACAACUUUGACAAGAUGUUUUGGAGUAUGGGUGUGAAGAGCAUGAAGAAGUUUUUUGUUGCCUUAACAAGUAUGGAAACCAAGAGUUUGAUGCUAACCAAGGAAGUCCUCAAAGAACGCAAACAGCUGGAGACUGCAGUCACAGUUCAGUUCUUCACCCUGGUCUUCCUCAGCUCUCUUCUCACCUGUUUGGUUGAUGACAAGCCAGGAAGGGGGGUGGAUGUGGAGAUCGUUCAGGACUACAAGUACCUCGGCAUCCACUUGGACAAUAAGCUGGACUGGUCAAAGCACUCUCUGGCCACUUACAAGAAGGGUCAAAGUAGGAUGUACUUCCUACGGAAACUCAGGUCUUCUAGAGUCUGCAACACUAUGCUGCGGAUGUUUUAUGAGUCUGUGGUGGCCAGCGCCAUUUUCUUCUCUGUAGCCAGCUGGGAUGGCAGCAUGAAAGAGGCAGAGGCCAAGAGGCUCAACAAGCUUGGAAAUGGUGGCUGA